AGGUAUUUAUUUCCUGUACCAACUUUCUCACUGUCUGCACCUCCUUUUCGAUUUCACCUUCUCCACCGGGCUGAUUACACAUGCUACAGAUUGCCCGGUCCAGAUCUACCUCGCCUUCUCGAGUAGAAGUCGCCUGUUUGCCCUCCGCCGAGGAGCUGCGAGAUUCAAUCCCAUCUUCAUCGAGAGGUCAGGAGGUUGUUCAGAGAGCAAGAGACGAGGCCAGCGCUAUCAUCCAAGGAGACGAUGACCGUCUAAUAGUGAUCGUGGGCCCGUGCUCCGUUCACGAUGUUGAAGCUGCCAAGGAGUAUGCUGGACGGUUGAAGGUCCUUUCCGAUCGUUUUCGUAAAGAUCUUCUCAUCAUCAUGCGCGUGUACUACGAGAAGCCUCGGAGCACGGUGGGCUGGAAAGGUCUUUUGAACGAUCCAUAUCUGGACGACACAUGUCAAGUUUUGGAAGGAAUUCGCAUCACACGAGAACUUCUCCGAGAUAUCACUGAUAUGGGUGUUCCUGCAGCGUCCGAGUUUGUGGAGGCCUCGACAACUCAGUACUUCGAAGAUCUUGUGUCAUGGGCCGCAGUUGGAGCGAGAACCGUCGAGAGUCAGCCACAUCGUCAGCUGGUCAGUGGUCUUGACCUCCCUGUUGGAUUCAAGAAUUCUACUGGAGGGGAAGUCUCGGUGGCUGUCGACGCUGUGGUUUGUAGUGGAGAGGAGCAUACCUAUCUCGCGCCUUCAUCAAAGGGAAGUAUGUGUAUUGUCCGCUCUCGAGGCAACAAGAAUACUCAUGUUGUUUUAAGGGGUGGCCGAUCGGGCCCCAACUAUCAGGAGGAUAAAGUCGCUAAAUGCGUAGAACUCUUGAGUUGUGCUGGCCUCGACCGUCGAGGUAUAGUCAUCGACUGCAGCCAUGGCAACAGCAACAAGGACUACUUGAGGCAACCACUGGUCAUGGCUGACAUUUGUCACCAACUGACCACCAACUCGGAUGUGGCCUCGUCUAUCGCUGGAGUCAUGAUUGAGUCAAAUUUGAACGAGGGUUCACAAAGUUUGCCUGCAUCACUUGGGAGGGCUGUCUCUAUAGCGAGCGAAUCUACUGAUACUUCAACUCCUGGUUCUACCCGCCCCAGUCGAGUUGAUGAUGAACUCGGAUCGGUACCAGAGUUGGAUACAAGAGCAUCGGUCUUAACAAGGCAGAAAUUGGGCUUGAAAUAUGGCGUGUCAGUCACCGACGGCUGCGUCAGUUGGGAGACUACUGAGCAUAUGCUUUCUGAGCUGGCCAUAGCCGUCGAUAAAAGAAGGUCCAACGUUGCAUAA